AUGGAAGCCGAGGAAAGAAACUUGGCUAAGGAACAGCAAGAACCCGCGGACGGCAACUCUGUGUUUGUGCCUGGUCGAAUCAAUAUAUGUCUUCCUGGAGUGGCCAAUCAGUUGAUUCCUAUCCCUCUCGACAGAGUCUACAAUGUGGAAGAUCGUCGGUUGUUGGUCGAUUGCUUUGACAUCCUGAAUUACACGGUUCAAAUGUUGCUGGAUACUGCCAGCCAUCUCUCGCCGACGGAACGAGAGCGCCUUAGCAAUGCGCCUUGCGUGUUCGUGCAUCCCAUGAGUGGCCUGAUGUUGCAUACCGAACGAUCCUUUGCUAAUUUUGCCAUGGAGUGCAUUUUGACGGAACACAAUUCGAAAGAAGCGCUCGUAUUGAGCCCCUCUUGGCCGAGUGUCUAUUUCGAUGAGAAUGGGUAUCCAGCAUUUUGUAACGAGGAAGAGACGAAAUCGCAAACUCCGGCUGAAACAAGACCACAAUUACCCAGCAACAAACCCACACCUGCCUCUCUGGAACCGCCCCCGGGAACUUCUGCUCCUCAUAUCACGGAGCAGGGAGACAGUAACGACAACUACACGAAAGGAUACGUGAAAGCUCCUCCUGAAUGGAAACCAGCAAAAUAUGUUCCCCCAAAGAGACCUUGA